GUCCUCCCUUCUCCCCUCCUACACCCUCCCCCAGUCUCUCCCCCUACUGUCCUCCCCGACCUCCAAUUGAUCAUGGCAUCAGAAGCAGAAAAAACAUUCCAGAGGUUUGCUGUCUUUGGAGAAUCAUCAAGCAGUGGCGCUGAAAUUAACAACAAAAACUUCUCCAAGCUGUGCAAAGACUGUGGCAUCAUGGACGGCAAGAUGGUCACUUCCACUGAUGUGGACAUCGUGUUCAGCAAAGUCAAGGACAAGAAUGCCCGAACCAUCACAUUUGUACAGUUCCAGGAAGCAAUGAGGGAACUGGGCCAGAAGCGGUUCAAGGGGAAGAACCCAGACGAAACCCUGGAGAACAUUUAUAAACUCAUGGUGGGCAAGGAUCCAGCUACCCCUGGUGUUACUAAAGCAACAACCGUGGGCGGAGUGAGCCGGCUGACGGACACCAGCAAGUACACUGGCAGCCACAAGGAGCGCUUUGACGAGAGUGGCAAAGGCAAAGGCAUGGCAGGACGGGAAGAGAUGACCGAAAACUCAGGCUAUGUGAGUGGCUACAAGGGUGCUGGCACCUAUGAUAAGAAGAUGGACAGUAAGUAGGGAGUAGCCUCAUCUUAGCCUGCCAGCCCUUGACUCAGCAUCUUUAAUACUGGGGAGCUCAGGAAACAAUAAAUAUUUGUGUGUGCAGCA